AUGAGGACAGCAUCAGUCAUCGCAGCACACAUGCUCGUGUUUGCGCCAUUAGCAGCUGCCUGGGACCAUGUGGAUGAGCCCGAGUUCGUCAGGGCCGUCGGCGGACACAGCGUCGCGCUGAUUGCGUUCGUUGAGCCCUCGAGUACUGCAAGUCAAGCUCUCGAGUCGGAAUGGGCAGCCAUAUCGAAAUCAGAAAAGGCCCUAGCAAGCGUUGACUGCGCCGCUCUCUCUCAGCUCUGCCUAGAUCACGACAUAAUAUCAUACCCGACCAUAAGGUAUUUCGAUGGCCAUGGGAACGCCACACCUUACCGAGGGUCGAGGACGGCGGAUUCCAUAGUAUCAUUUCUCCGACGAGCUUCACGGCCUGCAGUCACCACUGUCGACGAGAAGAAGGUUACAGCCUUUCAGUCCGUUGAUGACGCAGUGGUGGUCGCUCAUCUAAAUCUACGCGACAGCCACCUUCGAACGCUUUUCGGAUCCCUAGCACAUCGAUACAAGGAUCGUGCUUCAUUCGGAGCUCUACAAACGGAUGAGCAAAGUUCCAUCGUGUGCUAUAACAACAGAGAUGACGAGCAGUUGAGCACAUCGGACCUGACGGCCAUCGAGACGCUAUCGACGUUCGUCGAAUCGUGUAUCCAGCCUCUUGUUGGCGAGUUCUCACGAAGGAACGAGCACAAGUAUAUGCAGGCUGGGAAGUCCCUUGUCUAUUAUCUGGCCAAAACACGAAAAGAGCGUGAGGAAUAUGUCGACGCCAUACGUCCCAUCGCCAAGAAAUACCAGGAAUUCAUAGUCUUCGUCACUGUGGAUGCGAACGAGUAUGGUCUUAUGACAAAUGUCUUGGGCUUACGAGCAGAUACAUUCCCGGCACUUUCCAUCGAGAACCCCGGUCGUGGUCAGAUAUUCCCUUUCACCGAGGAAGAGAUCACACCAGAAGCCAUCGACCAAUUUGUGCUGGAUAUCGCCGCAGGCAAUGUCCAACCGUGGACCCUAUUACCCGUUCCAGAACCAGUCGGCCAUGCUCACGACGAACUAUGA